GUUGAUGACUUGGGUAAUUUGGAUUAUAAUUUACCGGAAAUAAAAAAUUUAUCAUGGAACAUUCCAGAAAAUCGAGAAUUAGAUAGCGGAGAAUGGCUUAAUUCAAUUUUAUGGGAUGAAAAUGAAGAUCAAGCACCAUUUGCAAGAUUGACUUUAGAUAUGAAUGAUCCAAAUAUGUUAUUUAAUUAUUCUUAUAACAGUGAUUUACCAAAUAUUCAACAUAUUCAAAAUAUACAACAUACAUAUUUUGAUAUACAUGAAAAAUAUGUUAGGUCAGCUUCUGUUGAUGAUAAUUUAAUUAGUAUAUGGAAUAUUGAUGAUGAACAACAACAACAAAGGGAUUUCACCAGAAGAUUACAUUCUGGUCAAGUUUUUAUUCAUCAUUCUUUGCCCGCACUUCAAUUACAUCCUCAAUACUUUAAGACAAAAUUCACUAAAUCAGAUAUCCGAGCAUCACAUCGACCAGCAAUACAAUUUCCUCUUAAUCAAGAAAUUCGUUUUAGUAGAAUUAAAAAAUCCCAUAAAAAAAAGAAAAAUCGUAAAGUUCGUGAAGUAAUGCGAAAACCUAAAGAAUUAUCAUUAAAAGAGAAUAAUAAUUUUGAAGAAUAUCCUCCAAUUCUUUCUAAUGUUGGUAUGGGAAGUUUGCUUCUUAAUUAUUAUCGAAAAAGGGAUUCAAAUGAUUCAUUCGUUCCUCGGCUUGAUAUCGGUGAUCCAGUUAUACUUGAUGUAAUGGAUGAAUCACCUUUUAUGAAUUUUGGAAACGUCGAACGAGUUGGACAAACAUUUCCUAUGCAAGAAGUUCCAUCUCCACCGUCAAGAAAAGCAAAGACUACUGCAAAUAAUAGGAUUCAAGUAGCUGCUUAUAGACUUAUGAGGAAAAAUAAACAUCAUUUAUUAUCUCAAGAUAAAUUAGCUAAACCUCGUAAGAAAGGUACUCCAAAUCAAGGUCCAAUUUGGAAAUUAAAAUCUUCUAUUCGUCUUCCAAAUGAAGUAGAUAUACGAAAAAUGUUGACUCCUGAAAUGAUAUGUUUAGAAGAAAGCAUGAUGGUGGGAGAACGUCAUUUAGCAGAUGCUGGUUAUAAACCUUCCACUAUUGAUGAAGAAGGGGUAAAUGAAGAUAUGGCAGAUGACUCUAAAUUAGCUUUAGAGGAAUCAAAAUUAGCAAUUGAACAACAAUUAGCUCCUUGGAUAACGACAAGAAACUUUCUUAAUGCUACACAAACAAAUGCAAUGCUUAAGUUGCAUGGUGAAGGAGAUCCCACGGGAAAAGGGGAAGGAUUCAGUUUUAUAAGAAUUUCCAUGAAAGAUAUAUUUUUGAAGGCAGGAGAAAAUGUUCAAGAAAAACUUGCCGAAAUUGAAAAUAAACCAAAAAGUGGUCAUAAAUAUAAUGUCAUGGAACAAUGGAAAAGAUAUAAUCAAGAGAUUUAUCGAAUAUGGAAUGCCCAAUUUUCAUCACUCAGUAUGCGAGAUGAAAAUGCAAUAAAUACGAAAAGUUCCGCAGGUACGAAAAGGAUCGAAUAUAAAUCAGGAGCAGGACAACAACGACGACGAAGUCAAAUUACCACCUCCAAUACACGAAAUGAAGUUGAUAGUGAUACAGAAAUGCGAGAUAGAGAAGAAUAUAUACAAGAAGAUAAUAUACCUGAUCAAGAUGUAUCUCGAUCACAAUCUCCAACUUCUCAAGCAGAUUUUGACGAAGUUGUUUCGGUUGACGGUAGCAUUGGUUCAAGAGCUAAUUAUGAAUGUAGUUCUCAUCGUAAUCGAGCAUUAGUGAUUAAUCGAUUGAUUCGUUCAGAAAGCGGAGAGCCCAUGUGGACCAAAACUCUCGUCACAGAUUCUUCAGUAAUUAAUGCAUACGUUCGUCAUCGACAAAUGAUUGAAGAACAAGCCAUGAGUGCUGAAUUAUUAGAACCAACUAAUGAUGAAGAAAAAAAUAAGAGAUUGAAAAAAAGAAUUGAAGAUCAAUUGGCUAAGUUACGUAGAAAUCAAGAAAGACGUCAACAACGUAAGGCAGCUCGUGAAGCAGCCAAAGCAGCGGUUUCUAGUACUGAAAAUAAUGUCACUAUAACUAAUCCGAAAGAUAAGAAAACAGAAACUUCGAGACGUUGUGGUAACUGUGGACAAACAGGUCAUAUGAAAACAAACAAAAAAUGUCCACGAUAUGGAUUAAGUCCUAUUAUUGCUGAUAACACAUCUAUAAGUCCACCUCCACCUCAACCUCCUUCUUCUACUACUUCUGCUACGGCGGGACCAUCAGGAACUUCGGGAUCAUCAAUUCCUUCAGAUAAUGGUCCACUUAUUGUUAAAAUGGGUGGCAAUAAAAUUUCAAUAAUUACUAAACCAUCAACUGAAAAAGGGACUCAGUCAAACAAGAGUACAAAAUCUUCAAGUGAAACUUCAAAACACAAACGUUAUGCUCCUGAUGUUGAUUCUACUAAUGAUAGAAAACGAAAGCGUACAUUUUCACUACACGAUGCUCACCCUUUUCGUCAACCCGUUACAGCAAAAAUAGCACCUGAUUACAGUGGAAUUAUAAAGAAUCCAAUAGAUUUAUCAUCUAUGGAAAAGAAAAAUUCAGCUGGUGAAUAUAAUUCUAUCAAUGAUUUUAUGAAUGAUAUUAAAUUAAUGGUUGAAAAUUGUAAAAUUUAUAAUGGGGUGGAUAGUCCUUAUACUUCAUGUGCAUACGAAGUCUUGGAUAAAGCAAAAAAAAGACAAUUGUGA